AAUAGUAGUAGCCCUGUUUUUAGGAGUGGCCUCGUGGUCUGGGGAUACUGAGACCCAGCCAUGAGCUCACUAUUUCUGCAUGUAAUUAAGUUAAUUUGAGUGUUUUGACCGAAGCCGAAAGCAGUAACGUUUUUUGUCGACCCGAUGUUAGAAAAGACCACCGAAAGUACUGGCUUGGUAGAGACGGUGAAAAGCAUAUAAAGCUGUUUAGACGUUAGCCAGUCGUCUUAGGACUUAGUUUUAUUUUCCGUCGAUAUGUAUCUUCCGGGCGAAUGUUACAGCAGACUUUUGUCAUAAUUGCGGGAGUUUAUCAUUGAAAGGGUUAAUCAAGGAAAAAUUCAUAAACCAACUGAUUAAUUUAAAUGUACAUUUUCUAUGAUUUUCUCGAGUUGCCCCGUUUCUAUCCUUAAUCCGAGUAGUUUUUGGUUUUACCCAGAUUACGGAUUUUUGUACUUUUUGUCAGCUUUAUUUAACACCAGAAAGUGAAGUUUUCUCCCGCUUUUUUGUCUAAGUUAUUUAAUGCGUUGACAGUUCUCAGACAUCACUAAUUAGCAAUGAUCUUUGCCAAACUUGUUCGAGUUAUGAUCUUUACAAUUUACUAACAAGGAAGUUUCCGUUUUUACAUUAUGUGUUAUCCCCGGGAUAUGCACAUCUCCCGGCCGGAUUGAAAAUUGUGUAUGCAAAAACAACGCUCCUCUCAGUAGGGCAUAAUGAUGUUAUCAUACCUUCCUAAAUCGGGAAGUGGAGAUGUAAAAAAAUUUACCAAAUCUCGAAAUUAUCAAUUCUGUAGUAGGAAUGCUGUCAGGGUACACUCAGGGAUUAAAAAUCUGGCUCACAUCCUCAUGGUUUUCAAGAUAUCGCGUUUUUUAAUGGUAUCAUCAUUUUUUUACAACCUAGAUAUAAAAAAACUUAUCGAACUUGAAUUUAUCAACCCUAUACUUGGUUGCUGUCAGGUCACAAUCAAGUUUUGCAAAUCUAGCGUCCAAGUCUGACUGAUCAAAUUCUUUUGGUUUCCGAGAUAUGGGUUUUUUUUAUUAUUUUUGUUUUCAAAAAGUUAGAUUUAAAAAAACCAACAAAACUUGAAUUUCUCAACCAUAUAGAGGGGUGCUAUCAGGGUACAUUCAAGGGUUGCAAAUCUAGCGUCCAAGUAUGACUGCUCAAAUCUUUAUGGUGUUCGAGAUAUGGCGUUUUUUAAUGAUUUUUCAUUUUUUUGUUCUCAAAAAACUUAGAUAUAAAAAAAAACUCACCGAACUUGAAUUUUCUUGACCUAUAAUGGGGUGCUAUCAGGGUACAUUCACGCGUUGCAAAUCUGGCCUCGGAGCAUGACUGCUCAAAUAAUUUUGGUUUUCGAACAUUGCUUUUUUAUGUUUUUUGUUUUAAUUUGUUGUUCAAAAAAGUGAGAUAUAAAAAAGUUAAUGGAACUUGAAAUUCUCAAGCCUAUUUCAAAGGGGUGCAGUCAGGAUACACUCACUGGUUGCAGUUCUUCCCUCGAAAUUUUACUGCUCAAAUCCCUUUCCGAGAUGUGGCGUUUUUUGAAGUAGAAACGCCUGAUAUAGGAAGCUCUUUUAAAGUUCAAAGAUCUAUUUGAAGCACCGUAUGUGCGAGUCAUGCGCUAGUAUAUAUAACAAACUGAGAUGAACUCUGGACUGUAAAAGGGUGAAAUUCCCUAUUGCAAGUUCUCUUAGUUGUCAAUGUUUUCAACUUAAUUGGCUUCUUGCAGGGCGAUAUUUGCUUGAGUAUCGCACCUUGCUCUGCUUAGCCAUUGUGUUAAAACCUGCUCAAUUACUUAAUUUUUACAUGGUUGAUCACAUUUUCAGGUAUCAUUCAAGCUGCUUCAAUAAAAUGGGAUUUAAAGAAGAAGAGCUCAGCGCAAAACUGAGCGAACUUAACAACACGCAGCAGAGCAUUGAGACUUUAUCGGCGUAUAUUAUUCAUCAUCGAAAAUAUUCCAAAAAAAUUGUCAAAUUGUGGAAGAAGCAAGUCCUGAAAGAUUCGCUGAAAGAUCGCUUAGCACUUAUAUUUCUUGCAAAUGAUGUCAUUCAAAAUAGUCGCAAGAAAACUUCAGCGUUUGCUGAUGAUUUCAAAGAUGUCUUACCGGGUGCGUUUCAUUUCACGUUUGUCCGCUGCAAAGACAGUGAAAAGAAAAACUUGCUUCGCGUUUUGGAUAUAUGGAGAAGUCGUGGAGUCUUCCCCGGAGAUUUCAUAGACUCAAUUAAAGUAGAGAUGGGUGGCGGCGGUAGUGGACCACCAGCCAAGAAAAAGAAAUUGGAAACUGCGGACGAUAACUCGAACCAAUCUAGCUUGGCAGCCAAUAAUGAAGAUGACGAUUAUUACGCAGAUACGACAUUUGUUCCCGACCACGAAGCUUUGAUUGACCUUUUGACAACCUUAGACACGAAAGCAGCUUCAGGUGACAGACCUAUAAGAGAAAAGAUUUCCAAAUUACCUCCUGAAGUCCAAGAUACAAGUGUUCUUGAUACCAUAAAUGAUGUCCAAGCAGCUGAGAAGUUAUCACAAACGGUGGACGAAGCGUGCGCUCUUCUCACCGAUUACAACGACCGAUUAGCUAGCGAAAUGGAGGAGCGAAGAAAAGCUGCUUCUUGGAUCCGAAAUUUUAUUUCCGCUCAGCAGAAAGAGCUAGUUAACUCGGAGGCAACUUUGAAAGAAUAUAAAGAAAAGUUAGAGCAAGUUUGCAAUAUGCGAAUUCAGCUUGAGAAUCACAUAAACAAUCUACCAGACUUGGAGAAUCUCAAAGCCGCUCCAUUACCCUCUCUUAAUCAGUUAUUUAAAGCUGUGUAAACUUGGUGAUUUUCCUCAAUGUAGUGUGAUGUGUGAGCAUUUAAUGUUCUAAUAGCAUGCUAGUGCUCCUUGUCCUUAUAAACCACUUUAUUAUGAGAUUUAUUCAUAAGUGGUACUAAUAAACUUUAGAAGAA